AAAGAUGAGGCUUAUUGGGAACGACGGCGUAAAAAUAACGACGCGGCUAAGCGUUCACGCGAUGCGAGACGUGCUAAAGAAGACGAAAUCGCUAUUCGAGCUGCCCUGCUUGAACAAGAAAACUUAAAAUUACGAGUCGAAGUUGCUGCAUUAAAAAGUGAAACAGCA